GUGUGGGCUCGACACGCUCUCUGUUCAGUUUAGCGCUAGCUGUCGUUGAGAGAGGUCCGUGUUACAAUGGCUCCACUGAUUUCUGAGGAUUUACCUUGUGCUCCGGAGAGUAUUGACUUGUAUAGAAGUGAACUGGAACUUAGAAAGCCCACUUCACUCUCUAAAGACACAGACAAGUGUGAAAAGACCCCAGUAAGAGGAAUCGGCUUUGACCUGGCCAAUAUAGUUCGCGAGGCCGUGAGAACUGGUCAAGCUACCCACGGGGUGUUCCAGUGUGCUGACCUGCUGACCACCAACCCAGACAAUGUGAUGCUGUGCAUCUUACCAGAUGCAAGUGACCACUGUGAUGUCACAGUGCACAUUCAACACACACUGAUACAAGCCUUCUGCUGGGAAAACGACAUUCAAAUGAUUAAGGUUGACAGUGUUGACAAAUUAGCUGUCCUUCUGAAAGUCAAAUCUACAAAUGAUGCGGUUUGCGGACCUGUCUCGUGCGCUCUUAUUCAGUUUCCAUCUGGAGAUCUUAGCCCUGAGAUGGAACGGGUGUCCCAAUACAUUGAUCACGUGACGUUUAGUGACGUUUAUCCUAGACCUGUGAUCCGACUUCCAGAAUGAACUCCAUACUCUGUGCAGCACUGCACCGAGUUCUAAACUGCCAGAAUGCCUAUUCUCUACAUCUUCAAGAGGGAUAGAGAACUUCAACCUUUGCGGGUACCUCAACUUGCAAAGUACCGAAAAAGGGCAGCCAGAUUGGGUGAGAGGUGGAAGGGGGACCCAUGACUUGAGAUCGCCAAAGACCAUAUUGAAUCAUCCACUGUAAUGACCGGGGGUCAGCAAAACCUGCCCAGGGGUCAACAAGAAGUUAUGACCAUCUGCUGCCAGGUGGACAACGAGCCCGGUCAAGAUGCUGAUGGGGUCAACCAAGAAGGUGGACAGCCAAAGGCAACACCUACACAUGAAUCACCUGCUUGUUAGGAGCUUUCUGUUAAACUGCCUGAAGGACUGACGGAUGACUGACCAGGAGCACGGCCUGGCCAAGUGAGGGUCAUCGAUCACCCAACCAAGAUGUCACUUCAAAGAUUGACCAGGUAAUACGUGUACACUGCCACCUCGCCGUGGGCGACCACACAAUCCGUGGGUGACCAGAACCAGGUGAAAGGUCACAGCCUCGUGCAGCUGCCCCAGACAAGUCACGUGACGCUAUGCAUGUAUCGUCUGCUCGUAAAGCCCGACUGGGGGCGGCGGGAAAAGACUUCCUCGUCGUAUUAGCGGGCUUUAACCAAGUAUUUCCUUUGUAACGGGAACUCCUAAUAUGGAAGUGCCACAUUUUUCAACGUUGGAGGCACACUGAUUGACUGUGACGACAAAUUGAACUGUUAUUACAAUGAACAAUGCUUACACGCAUCUUUCGAUUCCACCACCAGCAAUCCCAUAUAUAAAUGAAGGAUUGAUAUGUGUUCAUUGUGGACCUGAAUAAUUUCUGUCUGUGCUACUUAGUAUCGAUAGUUUCAAAUAAAAUUUUGAAAAGAA